CUUUCUUUUACGGCACAACGGAGCGAUUAUACAGUAGGAUUUUCCUGCCUGGAUAUUUUUAGCAGACUAGAGUGCUAGAGGGUGACAUAGGCUUCUUUUUACCGCUGUAAAACAUCUCAUUUCCCUGGGCAGACGGCAAGCUAGUAUGAUAAACUAAGUAUAUAAAAAUCAGCGAACUAAUAAAAAAUCCCAUCGACUUGUUUAGAUAAAACGUGUAAACAGCUCAUAAAAGAACAAUACAAAGUCAUCUCGAGCGUAAAAUCCUAUCUACCAGCGUAAUAUAUUUGAAACGCAAUACACGAGCUUGCAUUAAAUCCUUGCACAUAGCACUUAAACAACCCUAACUAUAACUACAUUAAUUCAGUGUAGUACGCACGCGCGUCGCGGCAUGACGCUCCCGCCGAGCAUCAUCCCCGACAAUGUAAACAAAAUGGACGUCCUCCCAAACGAAAACCUUUUCCGCGAGCUGAAAGAUGUCGCCGAAACCGGCUAUUACCAGUCGCGCACCCUCAAAGAUUACUACGAGCAAACGUGCUAUGAAAUGCAGAAGUACCUGAGCGAACCAGACUGCAAUCAUAAUAGCGCGCCUGAAACUCCUGCAGAAACGUCAAUACCGGUUGCAUCUAUACCUGUUGGCUUUGUAACUCUAAGAGUAGUCGAACAACCUAGGUACUACAUCGAGCCGAUCUUCCAACCGAUUCAUGUCAUCGAGCAGAUUGAUGAUACGAACAAUGUCUUCGUUGAAACCGAUCAAUUAGAUAAUGUAGUUAUUCAGGGUAUCGAUGAAAUAAAUAAUGUUAUUAUUGACGAAACACAACCGACUGACGUUAUAAUGGAGGGAAUCGAACAAUCAAAUAAUGUUAUUAUUGAGGAAGCUGAUCUAUCAAAUGGUAUAAUUAUCGAUGGAAUCGAUCCAUCUACUGAUAUAGUAUACUUUGAUCAAAUUGAACAAUCGAAUGAUUAUAUAAUUGAGAUGGUUGAACAGCCUGAUAUUAUAAUCGAUCAAUCAAAUGAGAUAAUUGUUGAUGGCAGUAAACAGGCUAUAAUAUUAAAUAAUUGUGCCGAAAAAGAUGAAAUUAACGUUGAAACAAUCGAGCCAAUCAAUGAAAUAAUAGUCGAUGGUACUAUCCAAUGCGAAUUGGUUGAGCAAAAUGUGCAAACAGAUUCAAUAGAACAGUAUCACUAUAUUGUAGAGGAAACUGCACAGCCUGCUAACAUAGCUGUAUGCAUAGAACGACCCAAUGUCAUUGUAGAACGCGUUGACCAACCAAGUGUCAUUGUCGAGCGCAUAGUACAACCGAGUGUUAUAGUAGAGAGAAGCAAGGAAGUAAACAACAUAAAUCAAAGAGAAGAAUCAACAGCUAAUAGUGGAACAAAUAGAUCAAGUAAUAUCACCAAAGCUAGUCCGACGAGCGUGAUAGUCAAUCGGACUCAAAAAGCAAUAAGCACUGAGAAAGUAAAUCCUCCAAUGGAUAACACACCGAUUCGGCCGCAAAUUUAUCUGCCGGAGCCAGAGGUACGGCGUAAACCCCGCCGACGACAUCACUGUGAAUUCCCAACAUGCAAUAAAAUAUAUACUAAAGUAUCUCAUCUGAAAUCACACAAGCGAUCGCACACGGGUGAAAAGCCCUAUAAAUGCUCUUGGGAAGGUUGCGCAUGGAGAUUCAUAAGACCUGAUGAGUUAAGGAGGCAUUACCGUAAGCACACUGGUUCUAAACCGUUCAGGUGCGAUAAAUGUGAGAGAAAAUUCUCAAGAUCCGAUCAUCUGACUCUGCAUACAAGGCGACACGAAUAAAUGAGGAAUUUCUAUUGGAAGUAAGUGAGCUUGGUGUAUUGCUCUAUGUUGUGACGAAUCAGUAGGGAUGUUGACGUCUUUAUGAAGGCAUAUUUUUCUAUUUCUACUAUCGAUAUAUUUGUGUCUUCUUAGUUGCUUGAUUUUGUGCAUUAUAUUGUUAAUUAUUAUGUUUCAAAUAUUUUAUUACCUACUGAUGCGCCCUGAUACAACACGGUACUAUAGUACGAAUUACGAAUUUCGCAAAAUUAAUAAUUACAUAUUUUUAGUAGUGA